GCUGCGGCACGCCUCUGUCCACCGCGGCGGCAGCCGGGAGAGGCCUUGCCACCGCCGCUCUCGCGCAGGCCUCCACUGCCGCUGUCAUCUCCGCGCGAUCGCCGCAGCCCAGUCCCGCCCCACGCUACUGCUGCCUUCGCCGCUGCCACCUUCUCAGCCCGGGCCGCUGCCGCCACCCAAGCAUCCGUGAGUCAUUUUCUGCCCAUCUCUGGGCGCGCGGUCUCAGCAGUAGUCACCACCUUUAGAGGUUUACUGGCUUGCAAAAUGGCAGAAGCGGAUCUUAACAUGGUCUCGGGACCUGCCGCCCAGGGGGUUGCUGAAGAGAUGCUGGCUAGCUCGUCUAGCGAUUCUGGGGAAGAAUCUGACAGCAGUAGCUCGAGCAGAAGCACUAGUUACAGCAGCAGUGGCAGCAGCAGUAGCCGCAGCCGCUUAUAUAGAAAGAAGAGGGUACCUGGGCCUUCCAGAAGGGCGCGGCGGGCUCCGUCGGGUAAAAAGUUCGUGGACCGGCUGCCUCAGUCAGUUAGAAAUCGUGUGCAGGCGCUCAGAAAUAUUCAAGAAGAAUGUGACAAGGUAGACGCUCUGUUCUUAAAGGCAGUUCACGAUCUCGAACGAAAAUAUGCUGAACUCAAUAAGCCUCUAUAUGAUCGGCGAUUUCAAAUCAUCAAUGCAGAAUAUGAACCUACAGAAGAAGAAUGUGAAUGGAAUUCAGAGGAUGAGGUGUUCAGCAGUGAUGAGGAGGUGCAGGAAGACAGCCCUAGUGAAAUGCCUGCCUUAGAAGGUGAGGAAGAAGACGACCCUAAAGAAAAACUUGAGGUAAAGGCUGAAGAAAAUGAGGUACCUAACGAAAUUCCUGAGGCAAAGGCUGAAGAAAAAGCAGAGUCUAAAGAUUUGCUGGAGGCAAAGCCUGAAGUAAAAGAAGAUGCUAAAGAAGUCCCCCAGGCAAAGGCAGAAGAUAAAGGACAGCCUAAGGCAGUAGAGGCUAAGGCAAGGGCUGGAGUAAAAGAGGCUUCUAAAAGAGUUCCUGAGGUCAGGCCUAAAGAAAGAGUGAAUCUUAAAAGAGCUCGUAAGGGAAAGCCUAAAAAAGAAGAUCCUAAAGGCAUUCCUGACUACUGGCUGACUGUUUUAAAGAAUGUUGACAAGCUUGGGCCCAUGAUUCAGAAGUAUGAUGAGCCUAUUCUGAAGUUUUUGUCAGAUGUUAGCCUGAAGUUCUCAAAACCUGGCCAGCCUAUAAGUUACACAUUUGAAUUUUAUUUUCUACCCAACCCAUACUUCAGAGAUGAGAUGCUGACCAAGACAUAUAUAAUAAAGUCAAAACCAGAUCACGAUGAUCCCUUCUUCUCUUGGGGAUGGGAAAUCCAAGACUGCAAAGGCUGUAAGAUAGAUUGGAGAAGAGGAAAGGAUGUUACCAUGACAACAACUCAGAUUCGCACAACUGCUACUGGAGAAAUUAAAAUCCAGCCAAGAGUGGUUCCUAAUGCAUCAUUUUUCAAUUUCUUUAGCCCUCCUGAGAUUCCCCAAAUCGGAAAGCUGGAACCACGAGAAGAUGCUAUCCUUGACAAGGACUUUGAAAUUGGUCAAAUUUUACAUGAUAACGUCAUCCUGAAAUCAAUCUAUUACUAUACAGGAGAAGUCAACGGUACCUAUGAUGAUGGCAAAGAUUAUAGAAACAGAAAAUGUCGAAAAUAAAAAAGAGGCUGCCUGAAAGAAUAUUCAAGAAUCUCAAAACUUCAAGCAGAAGUGAAGCAGGUUUAUAUAGCGUUGGAAAAAAACAAACAAACAAAAAAACCUGCCUCAUAACCUCAACACUAGUAUUCCUUACAGUCUGGUGUUUUCAUAUUUUCUUGGUAGUCUAAAAAAUUGUCUUAAGUAUCAAUUUAUUCUAUCUCGCCUGUUGUAGUGUAAUAUUCUUCAAAAUAUGUAAACUGCUGUCAAUUAUCUAAAGCAUGUUAGUUUGGUGCUACAGAGUUUUGAUUUUUGUGAAGUCUUUUUGUCAUGUUCCUACCAGAAUAUAGCUGUGAAAACUGUCAGAAUUGUUAACUGAGACAAAUAUUUGAAAAAAAAGUUCCUGAAGUAUCAAUGCAAGUGUUUUUUUUUUUCUUUUUCCAGCCCAGAAAACUAAGGGUUUAAAUCUGCUUGCACUAGCUGUGCCUUCAUUACUUUGCUGUAGGAAUACAGUGCUUAUACCAACUAGAACAGUGUAUUGUAAAAUUUAACUACUUGAAAAAAGAUUAGCAUACAUUUAAGAAUGUCCAUCAAAACCAUAUAUGAUACAACUGUGUGCUUAUUUAUGUGACAUACUGGUCUAUAAAUUUAAUCAUAAUGAAGUUAUUGUUUACCACCGAGGUGUUAAUAUGACCCAGUAUUUAAAAAAAUGUUUCCUCAUCUUAUACUGUGUAAUUGUAAACUAAAGUUACUAACCAUAUUUUCUUUGUAUAUGUUCUACUUUGCCUUUCAUUGAAAAUGAUC